AUGGAGCUCCAAAGUCAACAUGGCCCCGGCGGUUCAUUAGUGGUGAUCCAGCAGCCUUCCCUCGAGAGCCGCCAGAGGUCGGAUUACGAGCGGGAGUUCCAGCAUGCUGCCAUCCUCUCCCUGGAUCAGAUCAAGGCCAUCCGCUCCAGCAACGAGUACACGGAGGGCCCGUCGGUGGCGCGCCGCCCGCCCGUGCCCCGCAUGCCGCCGCGGCCGCACGACAAGCAGGAGAGAACUCACGAGGUCAUCCUGGUCAAUGUGAACAACAAUUAUGAGCACCGACCAGCCGGAGGCGUGGUGGUGGGCGGCCACCACCAUUGGGGCAGCGGCGGUGGCUCCAGGGUGCCGGUUCUGAGCCGUUCUACCAGCACGGGAAGCGCGGCCAGCUCGGGGAGCAACAGCAGCGCCUCCUCCGAGCAGGGACUCCUGGCGCGCUCGCCGCCCGCCAGACAUAAUGCCAACUUGCGGCCCGUUCGGACUCAGCCCAAAGCCAAAGGGCCGCUCGUGGGCCACGAUUCUGGCUCUCAUUUGCCACUCAAGGGCAAAACGGACUUCUCCAGCCCUGGGAAAGAGCCGCCUCUGCCGCCCGCAGUCUCCGGGCACCAGUUCAUCUGCGAACGUUGCGGCAAAUGCAAGUGCAGCGAGUGCACGGCCCCCCGCAGCCUGCCCUCGUGCCUGGCGUGCAACGGUCAGUGCCUGUGCUCGGCGGAGAGCGCGCUGGAGCACGGUACGUGCAUGUGCCUGGUCAAGGGAAUCUUCUACCACUGCUCCAACGACGACGAGGGGGACUCUUGCGCCGACCACCCUUGCUCGCCGUCGCAUUCGCACUGCUGCUCGCGCUUCCUGUGCAUGGGAUUAAUGUCAAUACUCUUCCCCUGCUUACUGUGCUACCCGCCGGUCAAGGGCUGCCUGAAGGCGUGCCAGGGAUGCUACGACCGGGUGCGGAGGCCCGGCUGCCGAUGCAAGAACUCCAAUACUGUGUACUGCAAACUGGAGAGCUGGGCCCCGCAAAACCAGGAGAAACCCUCCUGA